AUGGCUGCAGUCCAAGCGCUUAAGACGCUCGUCGUGCCGCCGGCAUCAGGUGGUAUGCCUUCAGCGACUGUGUUCCUGCUGCAUGGUCUCGGCGACUCAGCGAAUGGCUGGAUCGACGUGGCCCGUAUGCUAGGGCGGCAGCAGGCGCUGCAGCACAUCCGCUUUGUGCUGCCGACGGCGCCUGUGCAGCCGGUAACGGUGAAUAUGGGCAUGAAGAUGACGUCCUGGUUUGACCUGUAUUCGCUUACGAGCCUGGAGGAGGGCGAGGACGAGGCUGGCAUGCUUCGCAGCGUCGAGGCCGUGCGGGGACUGGUGCAGCAGGAGUUGGAUGGCAGUGCGCCCGGUCUCAAUGGACACAAGCUGCCGAUGAACCGUAUCGUUCUUGCGGGAUUCAGCCAGGGUGGUGCGAUCUCUCUUCUCCUAAGUCUGACGCAGCCCGAGCAGCUCGCGGGUGUGGCGGCGCUCUCUACAUGGCUACCGCUGCACGCCAAGAUCCAGUCGAUGCGCCCACCGACGCCUCCGACAUUCCCCCUCUUCCAGGCUCAUGGCACCCUUGAUCAGAUCGUCGAAUAUCAGUUUGGCCAGCGUACCUUUGCGUUCCUGCAGAACGAGCUGGGCUUCCACUCGCUGGCCGAGUGGCACGAAUAUCCGAUGCCGCAUUCGGCAUGCCCCGCGGAGAUACGCGACCUCGGCGCAUGGCUCGAGCGCGUUGUACCUUUGUAA